CAUCAGACUGUACCUUUAGUGAUUUAGGGUAGAGAAGUUAAGAAGAAGAAGUAAGAUGUCUGCUCGCCAGCAAGCUAAAAUAGACACAUGCCGGUACGCAAUCGUAGAAUGGGAAGACGGUGGAAUAACUGGUAUCAAGGCUGCGGAUCUUAUAUGUGAUCAGAAGGUUGCCAAAGGUGUUCGGGUUUCAUUUUUAUGGCCCCACGAAUCCGGUGUGGAUGUUGAGACGUUCGGAACAGUGAUCUACACAACAAAUUGCUACAGGGACCAGAUGAGGAAAGAGAGAGAACUAGCACAGAAAAAUGACAAUAGUAGCUCUGACGAGGAAGAGGAGGAGGAUGGAGUAGGACAAGAGGAGGAGGCAGAGGAGGAGGAGGAGAUGCCAGAGGAAAGAAAGAAACAGGAUGAGGCAGGGGAGAUGCAGGGUUCCACACCUGACGAGACUGAGACGCCCAACAGGAAACGAAAGAACAGAAGAAAAAGUGGGACAGUGAAGAGGAAAAAAAGAGAGGCUGCCAUGAUGAUUGGCGAGGCAGAGCCCGGAAACAGGGAUCCGCUACCCCAACAACCUCCACCUCUUCGGUGUGAAUGCCGGGAAGCAAUUGCCGACAUUAAAGCCGAGCUUCAAGAAAUCAAAAGCUGUGUGAUGGAUUUAAAAAGGAUGCUCUUGGAGCAAAGAGACAAUGAAGCACCCCCACCGAGGCCAGUUUCCCCACCCCUGUCUUUUGCUCCAACGUCUUUUUCUACACCCCAGUCUUCUCGGCCACGUGCCAGAAUCCAACCAUCCC